AUGCAACGAUUAAUAUAUAUUUACCGUGAAAAAUCUCGAAUUAUUAUUAUUAAUAAUAAAUUAUUAUAUAUAAAAGAAAAUUUAUUUAAUAAUAUAAAUAAUUUACUAUCUAAACGAUUUCUAACAAUUGAAAGUAAUAAUUCAAAUGAAAUUAAAAGUAAACAAUCAUCAAAAACUAUUACAAACAAUACAAUAAUAUCAAAUAAUGAAAAUAUUUCGGAUGAUAAUUCAAAAAGAUUUAUUUCAACAUCAAUAAAAGAUAAUAAGAAUAUUUAUGAAACAAAAAUUCAUGUAACACAAGGUGAAUUAAAUAUAACUGAUCCAUUUAAAACAUUCAUUUCACAAUCAGAUAUAACACCUGUAAAAUCAGAUGAAACAGCUUCUAUUUCAACAGUUAAAGAAAUUCCACAAAAUACACCUCAAACAACAACAACCGAAGCUAAUUUUGCACCAAAAAUUUCUUCAACUAAUACAUAUUCAGAAUCAUCUUCCAUAACUGUAGAUCUUCCGUCAUCUAUAUCAACAAAAAAUAAUAAAAUAAAAUAUGAAACAAUAAAUCAAUUAAAAGUAUCUGGUGGACAAGAUACAUAUGGAGAAACAAUAACUAAUCCAAACGAAGAUUUAUUUUAUAUUAAAAGAAAAAAUAAUACGACGCAAGUUAAAUGUAUUGAUGAGUCAAAUGAAAUUCUUGUUCAACGUGAAAUUGAAAUGCGUAAUCGUAUAUUACAUGAAUCACUAAAUUUUGUUCACGAAAAAGGAUGGACAAUGGAAGCAAUUCAUGCUGGUAUAAAAAAAUGUAAUCAACCUGAUACAGCCGAAGGUUUAUUUUAUAAUGGUUAUGAUCUUGUUGAUUAUUUUAUGCGUGAUUCAAAUACUAAAAUGACAAAUUAUAUGAAUGAAUUAGCUAAAAAAGAUCAUAUUGAAGGAACUCGUCUACUUAUUGAAGGAUUGAAAUAUCGAUUAAAUCUUGUUAUACCAUAUGCUGAUGUUUGGGAACAAGCAUUAGCUCAAAAAGGUUUACCACUAAAUGCAAAACGUGCUUGGAAAAGUUUAUUAGAUUUAGCCAAUCAAGCUUGGCUUAGUAUUGGUGAUACAUCAACUGAUAUGAAAUGGUAUACAAAACGAAUUUCAAUAGCAACUAUAUAUCGUAGUGCUGAAAUUUAUAUGUUACAAGAUAAAUCACCAAAUAAAAUAGAAUCAAUGAAUUUUAUAGAACGACAUUUAGGUGAUUUUGAAACAAUGGGUACUGUUCGAUCUUCGGUUUCACAAUCUCUAUCAGAUACAGCACAAGUUGCUAGUGGAUUAUUUACAGUUGUUCGUACUAUGACAACGCGACAUAAAUAA